CCUAGCUAGGCUAUUGCCAGUAUUAGAACGAUGCUCUCCACCUCUGGGCGCCAGGUUGGUGGCUGCCUACAACACUGCCAACAACUCAGAGGUCUCAAGGAUGCUUCAAGGCUUCAGUUUGGGCAGAAUUGCAGCACACAUGGUCUAGGAAGUUGGCUGUCUCAAUCAGCUGCAAGGGUUUCCAUCAGAAAGCUUGGCCAACGGAGCUGGGCAUCUCCAUUCCCAACCAAGUUAGAAGGGCAGGACUCCAUAAUUCAUCCAUGCCGCAUUCACACGCAAGCACGGGGCAAUGGACCUAGGAAUGCUGUUCCCCCCUUGCAACUUAGCAGCUGCGAUGCGCUUAAGUGGGGAAGCAGGCGUCAGCAGCAUGCUGUGAUGCAUUCUCCAAUCCAGAAAGGCCAAUGCUCUGUCAGUGACUACCACCCAUGUGCACAAACUGUCAGCGAAGUGCAAGACCUGGAUGGACUGCGACACGUCGCAGAUGACUACAAGGUGUGGCUGCUCGAUCAGUUUGGUGUCCUUCACGAUGGCCGCAAAGCAUACCCUGGGACAGUAGAUGCAGUGAGGCAGCUUGCGGAGCGAGGCGCCCAGCUGCUGAUCAUUAGCAACUCCUCCAAGCGUGCCAGCGUGACCAUCAGCAAACUGGGACCCCUGGGGUUUGACCCCGCCUGGUUUGUGGGGGCCAUCACCAGCGGCGAGCUCACACACAAGUACCUCAAAGAGCGCACAGACCCGUUCUUCGCCUCCCUGGGCCACAAGUGCGUGCACUUCACCUGGAGUGCGAGGCAGGCGGUCUCCACUCACGGCCUCGGCCUGACGGUCGUCCAACACCCUGAGGACGCGGACUUCAUUCUCGCGCAUGGCUCCGAAGCCAUUGGUGUAGCAGGGCCGCGGGCAGGGGGGGAGAACGACCUGGAUCCCCCAGCCACGCCAGCCCCCCUGAGUGUGAUGGAGGAUGUCAUGAAGCGUGCGGUGCAGAAAGCCAUCCCCAUGAUAGUUGCAAAUCCGGACGAGGUCACAGUGGACGGCCGAGACCUCGCGAUAAUGCCAGGCACUCUGGGAAAGAUGUACGAGAGAAUGGGGGGUCAUGUUCAGUGGAUGGGAAAGCCAGACCCGGUCAUUUACCAAGCCGCUGGUGACAUGCUGGGGGCCGAUCUAAGGAGCGUGGUGGCGGUGGGCGACUCGCUGCACCACGACAUCGGGGGAGCAGCAGCGGCUGGAGUUGACUCGAUCUUUGUGGCCGGUGGCAUACAUGCGGCAGAUCUAGGAGUUGAUGCCUUCGGAGGAAAGCCAGAGCCUUCGAGACUCGUUGCGUUGAUUAGAGAAAAGGAUGCACGGACACCAAAAUUUUGUCUGCCCUUGUUCAACUGGUGAGCUGAAACACUUUAUAACGUGGGAUCGAUGCAUCUGGCCGUGUUUAAAACGUAAAGACGUGUUGAUAGCUUCUUAUGUGCUUGUUGCUUGCCGAUUCUUAUGACCUAUGUUGGCAGCCCGUCGACCGUCAGAAAAGGGUUCUGCUUCAGCCCUUGUUCGGGGCCAGCUACUAUGGAU